UAAUGUCUAAGAAAUAUUUGAUCCCAUACGCUCCAUUUCUGAUCCUGAGCAUCUUUUAGCAUUAGAACAAUUGAACAUUACUUAAUUUGAGCAUAUUGAAGUGGAUAACGAGAAUAAUAAGGUGCAGAUUGAAUUUAUAUCAACUAUUCCUCACUGUUCAAUGACAACUUUAAUCAGUUUAUGUAUCAGAGUAAUCUUGCUGUGUAUUUUGCACGAUCAUGAUAUUAAAGUGCAUAAAGAAACUCAUCAAUCUGAAGGAGUAGUGAAUAAGAAAUUGAAUGAUAAGGAAAGAGUAGCAGCUGUACUGGAAAUUACCAUUGAUUGGAAGUUGUCAAUCAAUGCUUGUCAACUGCAAAUCUCCAUAGCGUGGAAAAUCAAAACCAACUAG